AUGAUGGAGAUCAAAUCUAGUGUUGCCAGCACUGUCACUGCCUGGGUGGGGGCACCACACCGGAAUCCCCACCAGCUAGUGUACUCGUUCCAGUUGGAUUUUGACGAUAGCUUGGCGUGUCAUCUGAAGCGCUGUAAGGAGGAACUCUGUAACUACAGAUUCAGGAACUUCUCCUUCUUUCUCUUGGAUACCUGUUGGCUUACUGCAACACAAGAACCAUUACUGACCACCUACUUCUGUGUUGGACUACUAGGUGGAACAGUCAUUCUGUUAGAAGGAACAACGUUACAAUGUGAUGGACUACUAGGUGGAACAGCCAUUCUGUUAGAAGGAACAACGUUACAAUGUGAUGGACUACUAGGUGGAACAACCAUUCUGUUAGAAGGAACAACGUUACAAUGUGAUGGACUACUAGGUGAAACAGCCAUUCUGUUAGAAGGAACAACGUUACAAUGUGAUGGACUACUAGGUGGAACAACCAUUCUGUUAGAAGGAACAACGUUACAAUGUGAUGGACUACUAGGUGGAACAACCAUUCUGUUAGAAGGAACAACGUUACAAUGUGAUGGACUACUAGGUGGAACAACCAUUCUGUUAGAAGGAACAACGUUACAAUGUGAUGGACUACUAGGUGGAACAACCAUUCUGUUAGAAGGAACAACGUUACAAUGUGAUGGACUACUAGGUGGAACAACCAUUCUGUUAGAAGGAACAACGUUACAAUGUGAUGGACUACUAGGUGGAACAGCCAUUCUGUUAGAAGGAACAACGUUACAAUGUGAUGGACUACUAGGUGGAACAACCAUUCUGUUAGAAGGAACAACGUUACAAUGUGAUGGACUACUAGGUGGAACAACCAUUCUGUUAGAAGGAACAACGUUACAAUGUGAUGGACUACUAGGUGGAACAACCAUUCUGUUAGAAGGAACAACGUUACAAUGUGAUGGACUACUAGGUGGAACAACCAUUCUGUUAGAAGGAACAACGUUACAAUGUGAUGGACUACUAGGUGGAACAACCAUUCUGUUAGAAGGAACAACGUUACAAUGUGAUGGACUACUAGGUGGAACAGCCAUUCUGUUAGAAGGAACAACAUUACAAUGUGAUGGACUACUAGGUGGAACAACCAUUCUGUUAGAAGGAACAACGUUACAAUGUGAUGGACUAUACUAGGUGGAACAGUCUCUCAAAACUCCAAAGAUUGUAUUUUCUUCAACACUUUGUUUUUAUUUCUGUAAUGCUUCAGGGAAAUGUAAAGACAAGGUCCUGGACAGUAACAGGAUUAUUGUCUUUCUGUCUGAGACUCUGUCAUCAUAGAGAUCUAGUAGUUUAUUUAGAUUAGGGUUGGGGUCAAUUCCUUUACAUUUCAGGAAGUAAACUGAAAGUCCAAUUCCAAUUUUCCUCAAUGCCACUAUGAGAAAAUGUCAGUUUACUUCCUGAAUUGACUGUAUUGACAUUGAACUGACCCCAACACUGAUCUAGAGAUAAGAGACUGUAGUCCUCGAGGGGGAGAAGAGGUGAGGGGAGGCAGGGAGCAGCGUUCCUCUUGGGGGAGUAGUGGGGAUGGG